AUGUUGACCUCAAGGUGCGUGUGUGUUGGGCUUUGCUGGGGCGUGUUGCUGCAGGGCUCAGGGUGUUCUGGGGCGUUGAGGGCGGGGGUGGACAAGUAUGGCCCGGGCAAGUGGCGUGCCAUUCAGAAGGACCCUGCUCUUGGCCCGCUGCUCACCCACCGAUCUAAUGUGGACCUCAAGCUGGGGGGAAUGGACAAGUACGGCCCGGGCAAGUGGCGUGCCAUUCAGAAGGACCCUGCUUUUGGGCCGCUGCUGACUCAUCGUUCUAAUGUCGACCUCAAGGGGUGUGUGUGUGUGCUGGGGCGUGCUGCGGUGUGCCAGGCUGGGGACAAGUGGCGCAACAUGACAGCAGCAGCCACUGGUGGGGCCGGCAGCAGUGCCAGUGCAGUGGUGCCGGUGCCAAGGGUGCGCGCCCCCAGGGAGCAGCGGGCGGCAGCUGCGGCGGCACGUGCUGAGCUGGCAGCGGUCGUGGCGAUGGAGGAGGAGGAAGACGCCCUAUUGGCCGCCGCUGCUGCUGGCAGUGACGCUGACGGCGGAGAGGGUGUGGGGGGGGGCAGUGCGAGCAGUGGGCGCACUGGCAGUCGUGGGGGGACGGGGGAGGAGGGGACGUGGGCCGUUGUACCCUCCGCUGCUGCUGGCAUGGGCGUUCCUGUGACCAGCAAUGCAAGGUUGGAUGAGGCGAUCAUGAUGGCCGUGGCAUCGUUGGAAGGCUCACAGGCAGCACAUGGGUGCUCCGCUGCAGCUGUUGUGAAACACAUUGAGGACCACCAUGCAUCACCGCCCAAUCUGCGCCGCCUGGUGCCGCAUCGCCUUAGAGCACUCUCAGAGGAGGGUUGCCUCGUGAAGGUGCAUUCGCCUGCAUCUGUCCGGAGGGCACGGGGGGAAGGCAGGCGGGCGAGUUGGCAUGGGGAGGGGCUGGAUGGGGAGGGUGCGGGGAGAGGGGGGUGGGGGGGGAGUGGCAAGUGGGAGAGUGAGGAGGGGAGGGUGGAGUGGGGGAGCCGAGGGGGUGUGAGGAGGAGGGAUGGUCGGAGUGGCAGGGUGGGCAGUGGGAGUGCUGCAGAGAGGGUAGGGGAGGGUAGAGCCAGUGGGACAGCAGCAGAGGGAAGGGCGGGUGGGGUUGCAGCAGCAGCAACAGCAGCAGUAGCAGGGGUGGAGCAUUAUCUAGGCAUGCGUUCUAGAGCUGCUCUUCACUCCUCUUCCCCCUCUGCCCCCACUGCUGCUGCUGCCGCUGCUCCAGUGGAUCGAAUAGCAGCAGACCUGUCGCAGGCCCACCUCUCCCCUCUGCAGAGCACCCACACGCCAUCUCAUGCUUCUGCUGCCGCCGCCGCCGCCGCCGCUGCUGUUGCUGCUGCUGCUGCUGCUGCUGCUGCUGCAAGCACGGGUGGUGCUAGUCCCCAUGCUCCUAUGGUGGGGCAUUUCAAGAAACUCCGCUUUCCUUCGCAGCAGCCAGCAGAAGCAGGAGGAGCCAGCGAAAGAGAACCAGGCAUGCAAGACCGGACCGAAACUGGGAGAGCAGGCGAGUGUGUGGGAGAAGGAGUAAAGGAGGGGAAGGCGGUGGGUGCAGCGCAGAGUGCGUGGUUGCAAGAGCUGGCACGGAAAGCAGCAGAGGAGAUGGCAGAGGCAGAGGCAGCUGUAGCAGAGGCGGAGGCGGCUAUGAGAGAAGCGGAGGCCAUGGAAGCUGAGGCAGAGGCAGCAGAGGCGGCAGCGAGAGAGCUUGAGGGCAGGAGGCAAGCUGCUGCCGUCAGCUCAUAG